GUAGGAUUGUGUGCAGGUACGGUACUCACAAAGUCAAACUACUGCUUGGAGGAUUCGCGCCACAGCGACUAGUGAACUAGUGACUGCGUGUCACGUUCGCACUUGGGUUAUUGUGACACGCGAGUCUUACAGUGGACCGGUGAGCACAGCCAGAGCUUUAUCGAGGACCACCACCACGCUCGUCGUCUUUUGACACGGUUCAGCAGUCUCAUACAACCCUACGCUGCAAGUGCGUUCAGCGCGACCCACAAGGGCCGUCUUCUGGUCAGGAUGACGGAGAACGUAGACACUGUCUUCGAGCACUCGCUGCCUGGUGGCGGCUUGCGCUCACUGUCAUCGUCGUGCCGGUGGAUUCGAGAAGAAACCAUGCCUGUACUCUUCCGACGCUGCCUGGUCACUGUGGAAGAGCCAAUCUGCGCAGAUAGGUUCCUCCCGCAAAGCUUGUGGCCCUAUGUAUAUCACCUUUCAUUGCGAGACGGAUGUCCUGAUCGCGCCGCCGCGAGACCCCAUUCCUGGCGAAAACCAAAACUGCACUUUACCGACGACCCCUUGUUAUGUGGCACCAUGGACCCCGAGUUCCUCAGAACCACGUUGCGAGCCAUGCCUCGCCUACAAUCGAUCUCACUGGACUUGAUGUGCCGAGAGUCACAUGGAUUGGGGUGGGAUAGCCUAGCGGCCAUCCUCUCAACGCCGCAGCUCCGCAGUUUCACACUCGCUCAGUUCAUGUUCAGUCCGCGACAUUCCCUCACGACCGACAGCGUCGAAUUUCUCGCUCCGUUGACAACGUUCCGACACGAGCAACGUGUCUUGCGCGACGAACUUCGUCGUUUCCUCUCCCAGGAGGCCGCUCUGGGCGUGGUGAUCGAAAAGCUGCGGCAUACUCUCGAAUGCCUUCUACUUGCUAGCGAGGUCGCGCCCUUCAGAACCCUAAUGGCCAACCAAUGGCUAUGCCUCAAGGAACUGCAUUUGAUUGGUGACUUCUAUCCGAGCCCGGACUCUCGCAUCCCGUUCGUCACCCUUUUUGCUGAGAUGCCCAAGUUGCGUGUUUUGAAAUUGGAGCUCGCUCUGCACGAGGGUGUCGACAGACAAAACCUACAGCUAUGGCCUUUCGAUGAUGAAGCACGAUUCCCGUGGCCAGACCUCAUUGACCUAGUCGUUUCGUUCCCGAGUCCCGAGGAUCGCAUUUACUCCCAUCUCCCCAGAUCGAUGCGACUCUUGUCGCUGCAAUGCACCCCACACCACUAUAUCUACUCCUGGAAGCUGCACGGAUUGCAGCAUCUCCAUUCACCCAUAUUGUACGCCACGGAGAUGCUAGAGAUCCUCGCAAACGUUGAUGCCCCUGAUCUUGACGAGCUCCGUUUGGAAUACCGUGCGGACGCCGCAGAAGAUGAACUUCUGGCCUGCGUAGCUCAGAGGUUCCCUCAGCUCACAUCAUUGGAGAUGCAUCGAUUCCGAUCAUCCGCUGGUAGUAGUGUCACCGCUACCGGCAUUGGGUUGCGGCUAGCAAAACUCGAAAAUCUGCUCACGCUGCGACUCUACGACGAUGCUACACCUCACUCCAGCUUUGCGACGCUGCAGCAAAAUGCGGCUGUUAUCGCAGCUAAGCUCGCGUGCCCGGACGUCAGGCUGUGGCUGUUGAAGAUCGACGACGACACCCUCUGGUACCCGUUUCGCCUUGUAGCACAGCAAGGUAUCGACGAGGAACCGCGGGUAGAGGUCGACCCGCUAGGCCACAGCGGUGUGCGAGUGUUUCCUUACGAUGAUACUGCACUAUACAAAUGAUUAUGCUGCUGUUCCAUAUACAGCACGUAUACUAUCUUCUAUUCAUCCUCGAAUCGUGAGGGGACGGCAUCUGGGUCAGUAGUAGUCGAGCUGACUUAAAUCUGUGACAUUACAAACAUUUACGCCGCUGAACGACCUCCCACUCAAUUGCCGUGCGAGCCAAACUAAUACUUUCUUCCAGAUAGCUACCAAUUGAACACCAUCUUUCAGCAGGUACAAAUUCAACCUGUGAUCAGUGAACGGAUUUGAGUGCUCC